AUGGAGGACUCCGAGAAGAAACUGAAUCAGAAGAGCAGCGAGGACAAACCCAGAAAAGUACGCUUUAAAAUCUCCUCUUCCUACAGUGGCCGAGUGUUGAAGCAGGUUUUUGAGGAUGGGCAAGAAUUAGAGUCGCCCAAAGAAGAAUAUCCUCACAGUUUUCUCCAGGAGGCCCUUGAACCAAUGGGUGGUGUUUAUGGGUCUGGGGACGCCCCCAAGCCCCAGCUGUACGCCCCCAAGCCCCAGCUGUACUCCCCCAAGCUGACGGCUCAGAGAAUCAGCGUAUUCAGAGACAGCGGCGCCUACACUCUGGCGGGUAGCCAGCCUCUGUUCAAUGACUACAAGGCGAAUGACCAUAAGCCUCCGCCGAUUAUAGACUUUGGGAAGAUAAUCAUCUACACCAACAACCUGAAAAUCAUCCGAACCCCGAUGGACAAAAGGGACUUCAUGAGGAAAAUCCUCCAAAAGGAAGAGGUGGCUGAGGAAGAGUCUCUGAUGAUCACGGGGGACAGUGAUGGAGACCGGGAGCAGAACGGCGGCCCCCUGCCGGAGUCGGAAGGCACAUUUCUCCAUAGUCAGCACACACAGGAUGGGUUGGUCCCUGAGGAUAACUGUCUCCACUGCCAGGGGUCCGGCAUUGCCACCUGUUCUCUGUGCCACGGCAGCAAGUUCUCCAUGCUGGCUAACAGAUUCAAGGAGUCCUAUCGAGCCCUCAGGUGCCCUGCCUGCAAUGAGGAUGGCCUGCAGCCUUGCCGAAUUUGCAGCCCAUAG